AUGAGCAAAAAGUUCAAAUCUCAAGCGUCGAGCAGCCGUGCUGCUGCUGGCACCUUUGGGGGCUUUGGAGGGUUCUCAUCAUCUGUGUCGGGUCAGGGAAGAGAGCUGUCUUCCCUUACAUAUGUGACUGAGCCGCCGGAUUUGUCCCGGAUAUCGGACCCUCAACUGGCGAUUGCUUUCAAAAACUUUCUGAAGAAGGAUGAUGUGACCAGGACGAAAGCUAUAGACGAUAUAAAGUCUUUCGUUUCCAGUGUAGCUGCAAAUGAUGGUACACUUGAUGAUGGGUUCUUAGAGGCUUGGAUCAGAAUAUACCCAAGGGCAUCAAUUGAUCUGUAUCGCCGAGUGAGACAGUCCGCACACUCGGCCCAAGGGUUGAUUGCUAGCCUCGUUGGGAAGCGGUUUGCCCGAUUUUUGCCCAAAGUAGUUGGGGCGUGGCUGGCUGGGGUUUAUGAUAAUGAUAAACCAGUUCACCAGACUGCCGUGGAGUCUAUAACGCGCGUUUUCUCCACUGAUGAGAAGAGGAACGCCGUCUGGAAGGUCUUUCAGAGUCCGAUUCUUGACUUUGUUGAUGAUGUCAUUCUUCAGCAGACACCUCUGACCCUGAGCGAUGAAAGGACAGUCAAGCCCGAGGAUGCAGAGGCAAAGUAUGCCCGUGUGGUAGGGACCGCCAUUCUGCUGUUAAACCGGAUUCUAGGAAACACUACAAGAGAGGACCGUCAAAGUAACCUUGCGAAGAUUGAAACAAUCCUUGGAAGCAAGUCACUAUGGACAUUCUGCUAUCAUGAUGAUCCUUUCGUUCGUCGUUCAAUGUACAUCCUUAUUCGGACUGUUGUCUCCGGAGAACCUGAAGAACUGGAUUGGAAAAUGGUUAGCGCAGCCCUACUGGGAAAGUCACUACACAUUACACAGAUAGGCUCUGCCUCUGACUUGUCAGAAGCUUUACUGCAUGUGACGUCUGCACGCCCCCAGAUAUGGACCGAUGACUACUCUGGGAAGACAUCCCCUUCGAAAAGACUGCUCCAGUACAUACGUAAGGGAUCUCAAGGCAGUCCGGGGCUUUUCUGGUCCAACAUAUACCAAUUACUACAGCUGGUCCCGAUGCAAACGCUAGCACAGCUUGAUUCUAACGGUCCUAGUGAUGAUGCCAUUGGAUUAUCGAGUGCGAGGGCACUGAUGGAAGCAAUACACGAGGGCCUGAGCUCACGAGAGGAACCCCCACAAAACCGAACGCUGGGCUGGAAAAUUUAUGUGGAAACUGCCAUGUGGCUAGCCCAGGGUCUAUCAGAUCAGGACACGAUUGAGCUUCUGCAAGGGGAGCUUUCUCCGUUGAUAGUGCAGUACGUGAGGUCCGAGCAGGAGGCAUCUCGAUGGUCUCUCCCGAUGCAAUCUUCAGAAGCCAUUUGCACUGAAUAUUUGACCGCUCUGUUUUCGUUUGGCUAUGAGGUCGCGUUCAACGAGUUAUGGACGAAGCUGUCUGAGGGCUUACUCGAAGCUGUCCGACUUUCGUCACCCGAACAAUCGAAGGAUUUCAAGUCUUCGCAGGAUGCGGUAUGUGCUCAAGCCGAGCGUCUUUUUUCUCUAGAAGCGUCUUUACUAGUACGCCUUGCCGACAAAGAUCUAGAGCCAAAAGCAUUGCACACACUUGAAAGCCUAAACUUGAGACUACUAAAUAGCUGUUUGGAUGUACUCCGGUCUCGAAAUGGCAAGCCCUAUGGAGCAACGGCGGUUGUAGAAGAAGUUGUGCGCAAAGUUCCACAGAUCGGGCAGCACUCGCAGGAACUUCUGAAUUUCAUUCAAAAAGAUGCGCCAGAGCUUCUAUUCUCUCCUAGCGGUGACCGGUUGAUUUCAAUCAUUUUGCUUUGCCGCACUUGGCCUGGUUUCUCCUCCAGCUUUGAAGAGCUUGUUAAGCGGGUUGCGCAGCUGGAAAAUGUAAUGACCAAUGCAACCGCUGUCCAGAAACUUCUUUCAAGCCUUGACUUUAACGAAGUGGACAAGGAGAUUCUUGGCCCGGUUAUCAUCCGGGCUCUAGAACUGGCCUGUAAAGGGAGUCAGUUGCACUGGUCCGUCAUUAUCUCCGCCUUGCAGAACCCGACCAGUGAAGGAGAGUUAGAAGACUCAAUUUUCCUUUCUCUACUCGAAAAUCUGUCCGUGGACGAUAAAGUUCCUGAUACCCUGCAUGGGCUAAUGCAGAUAGUAUCUUCUGUUCCCAGUGCGGCCAAAAGAUUUCAGUCUGGAAGCCAGGGUUCGAAACUAACUGGAAAGUUAUUGUUCCUAACGGAGUCGCCAUCAGAAGAGAUUUCUAGCCUCUCACAUUCAUUGCUCAGCCAGAUGAAAAAGUCUGGUGUCGGAGGAACAAGCACCAAAGCAAGCCUCGAGAUCUUGCAGGAGAGUUUGGCUCAUGCCAAUGACGAGUCUUUAUCGAUUGAAUCAUUGCUGGAUAUCGGUGAAGAAUUGCUGCGCAGUUGCGAACCCGAGAAUUUAUCCCAGGUCGCUAGGGAUGUACUUCCAUCUCAACAAAUAUGGCAGGAAACAUUGGGACCUUUCCUUGACUUACCGCCACGUUCAGCCACAGCUAUCACAAGCCCGCUUUCAGGUGUUGUGCACUUGGUAAAUUGCGAUGUACCAGAGUCACUGUCCAAGCGUUUUGAAGACAUUAAACGCGAUUCAAACCAAUGCUCGGCUGCAUUCCGACUUGCCCAAUUUACUGUCCGAAUGAUGUCUUUGUUUAACUUCAAUGAGCACCUUGACCAGGAAAGCUUGGAGGUCUUGUUCUCUAACUUGCCUCUGGCGGUGCAGCUCAUCGAAGACGACCUCGACAUCGAGAAAUACAAUCAUAUUGCGGGACCUUUGACUCAUGAGCUGCGUGAGGAUUAUCGCGACAUCGUUAACGAGGCGCGGAAGAUUAUUUGUAGUUGGCGCUCGUCGACUCAGCACGUCCAUUCCACGGAGGUGACCAUUGCAUCUACGCUUUCAUCUGUCUGGAAAGCUAAGCUCGAGGGACUGGACGACACCUCUCCUGCAGCAUAUCGGGUUGGAGAAGCCUUCGCGAAACUUAUGAAUGACAUGGACCCGUCCGCUAUGGGUUACUCUUCUGAGGCCGUCGGACAAUUGUGCAAAGAACUUCGAACAGGCAAUGCUAUCCGCUCUGCUAGCUGGGUCGCUGUCCUACGUCGUUCUAUGUUAUCUAACCCUGCUGGUAUCAGAGUCUGCAAUGAAUUUGUGGCAGACUCAACUGGUUUGAAAGUUGAAGAUGAGUCGGCAAAUGGGCUUCGAAAACUAGCUCUACUCAACUUACUUCUCUCUGAUGAUGAGGUUAACCCACUGGAGUCCAUGCCUACUCAGCGUUUAAUAUUCUUUGUGAAACACUUGAUUAAAUGCCUUCAGUCAGAGCAGCUUUCUCUGGGCCUCCAAGCAGAGAUAUUCAAGAGUCUUACUCUCGCGCUCCCCUGGGUAAAGGAAAUGUAUGGCCCGCACUGGGAAGAGUGCUUUGAGAUUCUUUGUGCAACAUGGCGAGCCACCAGUGGAGGGGAUGGCGCCUUGACAGUACUAAACUCGUCUUUCAGACUCUUCAGCAGCUUGGAGUUGAUAGUGAAGGAUGAAGACACUAAUGACGACGUGAAGGAUGCCUGGGCUGACCGAAAAACAAAACUCUUUGACGGUUUGACAUCAACUCUAUGGAAAUUCGACUCCUCGACUACCUUCCACCUACCAAGGGACCUCACUGUCCAACGUCUGUGUCGCUUGAUAAAGAUCAUGCCAACAAGGAACCUUGAAGACGUCAGUAGGUAUUAUCCUUUACUGACUGCUCAUAGCCUUCUUAUCCAGCACACCGCAUACACCCUCCUUCAUCAGUACAUUCCAACUGCACAAGAGCAAGUGUCCUUUGAUGUGGCCUUGUCAAAGACAGAGGCCAAGCUCCCAUAUGAGCUGAUAUCCCUGCUACUUGGAGCGCCAACUAUGGAGUCAAUUUCCCUGUCGUAUGGAGAUGAGAGGACCUGGGCCGACAUACGCUCGUAUCUUCUGAGCUGGAGAUUGGUCUUCGACCACUUUGUGAACGCUUCUUUCACUCUCCAAGAACAGUACGCAUCUAAUAUCAAAGAACACGAUGUUUUGCCAUCGUUACUGGAUUUCAUGUUUGAUUUCCUCCAGAAGGGCCAUGGAAAGCUUGUGGAUGCGUCUAAGUUCGACAUCCGCUCUUUCGAGUUAGACAUGUCUGAAAGCUAUGAGAAGGAGAUCCAAUGGUUGCUUGUUCACUUGUACUUUUUGUGUCUGAGGCAUCUUGCCAACUUGACCAAAGCCUGGUGGAUCGACGCAAAAAAGCGUAUCAAGGGCCCUGUUGAAACUUGGACGGAGAAAUCGAUCUCACCGCUGGUCAUUGAGGAUGCGCUAGAAAGAGUGAACCAAUGGAUGUCCACGCAGGACCAGGACGAAGAGCGUGCACUUAACGUCAAGGUCUCGUCGAAGACAGCAGAAAUUAUUGCAAGCAUUCCGGUCGAUGAGGAAUCACCACCAGUCUCGAUAUCGAUAACCCUCCCAGCUGCUUAUCCCUUGCACCCCGCACAAGUCUUUGGCCGAAGCCGAGUAUUGGUAGACGAGAGGAAGUGGAAGAGCUGGCUCCUCACCAUCCAAGGAGUGAUCAUGUUUGCCAAUGGCAACCUAGAAGACGGAUUGCUGGCAUUCCGCCGAAACGUUCAGGGCGCGCUCAAGGGCCAGAGCGAGUGCGCUAUUUGUUACUCAGUCAUCUCGACCGACAUGCAGACGCCCAAUAAGCGCUGCGCAACGUGUAAAAAUGCCUUCCACUCGGUAUGUCUUUACCGAUGGUUCAAGAGCAGUAACCAGAGCACUUGCCCACUGUGCCGAAACCAGUUCACGUUUGCUUGAUGUGUUUCUACGAGUUUUGGUAUAGAUACAAGACAGGCUGGUUUACGCGAUUUGGGACGAGCUGUAGCAUUAGAUUUAGUAUGAUGAGGAAUGAAACCAUGAUAGACAUC